AUGAAACCAUCCACCAGCAGCGCUACUGGGAAUACCCAACAAUCUCCAACUGAAAAUGACAACCGAAAGCCACCCCCCUCACCGCUGAAAGAUAACAUCACUUCAAUUGAAACCCGCCUGAUGGACUACAUAGGACAAAAAUUCGAUGCCUUGUCUGUUAAUUUGGCUGAUUUUAAGUCCUCAGUUAACAGCCAAUUAGAAACCCUAUCAAACACAGUAGCGACUUUUGAACAACGCAUACGACAGCUAGAGUUCAAAACAACGGAGUUAUCAAAGCAAAAUGAAGAAAACCCUGAAAUUACAUCGCUGAACAACACUAUAUCCUCGCUACAUGAGCAGCUGAACGCACAAGACCAGUUCUCACUUCGCAACGAACUCGAGAUAUCUGGUAUAACCGAAGCAGAAAACGAGAAUCUCUGCCACAUUAUCGCAACUACCGCUCAAAAAAUAGGAGUUAAAAUUAGCGAAGACGAUAUUGAUAUGAUCAACCGCGUAGGUACCAGACACGAUACAAAUAACCAACCGUCAACCACUCAGUCACGCCCAAUCGUAGUAAGGUUCAUUCGCAACUCCAAGAGGAAUGAAAUGAUCAACGCCCGCCGAGUCAGAAGAAACCUAUCGACGACUGACAUCGAUCUGAAAGGUCCUCAAAAUACGAUUUACUUUAACGAGAGGCUGACCAAAACAAACCGGAAGCUUUUUCGAGACGCCAGAAUGCGCGCCAAAGAGUUCGGGUACCGAUACUGUUGGGUCAAAAACGGUCAAAUAUUCAUCAGAAAAGAAGGGCAAAAAUACGCAAAGAUCAUUAGAAAUGAAAGAGACCUCAACGAACUUCAAUCCGGACAAAGUUUUAAGUAG